CAACUCCCCCAGGCCUCUCAAUAUACCGCUCCUCCCCUCUUUUCCUCCAUCAUGUCUCUUCCAUUGCGCAAGGAUUUGCAGCCUCCAGACCAGAUUCGAUAUGUCUGCAGGUGCUACUUAAUCGUCACCUUGUUCGCAGUCACAAAGCUUCAUCCCGGCCUCAAAUAAUGCCCUAUCUGCUAUUCUUUGCGCUCCUUCCCCGCCUCAUUACUGCUGGCUCAGUAUCUAAGGAGCAGUUGAAUCCUGUCCGUCGAAACAGCUAUCCCAUCACUCCAGCCGUGGACGAGUCGCUCCUGGCCAUCCAGAUUGGAGGCAUCGUCGGUGCAUACGUGAUCUUCGUUGCUGUACUUCUUUCGCUGCUCCUCUUCGUGGGCCGCCGUCUGCGACGAGCCGUCCUCUCCUCCAACUACUCGCUCCACGUCGAGAUGAUGAAGCCCGUGAAGCCACCUCCCAGCAUGGACCCCAGUCCCGUCACCCCGAUCUCCGUCAACCUGCCCAGUCCGGGCCCUCGAAGCUUCAGCAGGUCCUGGAGCAGCCUCGGCAAAGGCUCUCGCUCCCACGCCUCAGGGACUACCACCAGCGUCGCCACAAUCGACGAAUCCGUCGUAGCAACUGACCGCCAGCGCGCUCAGGAGGACUUGGAGAUGCUCUACGCUGCCGUGAUGGAGCAUGACGCACAGAAAGAAGCUGCCGCCGCAGCUAGGGGUGCCAACCAAGACUCCUCCGAUGGAGAUGAAGCUGUAGCAGCAGCAGCAGAGAAGGAGAUUCCCUCUCCAGACAGCAUUCCCACGAACCCAUUCACAGAUCGCUCCUCGCACGUCUCCUCCAACAACUCCCCUCUGAUGAGCCCGCGGUCCAGCGGCCGGCUAUCCCGCAUCUCCUCCCUUUCGCUGUUCAACCUCAAGUCGCAGAACCAGAACCAAUCAUCAAGCAACAGCAACAGCAGCAAACUGCGUUCUCCACGACCCUUCCCUCUCCGCAAACUCUCAAUCUCCUCCCCCGUCGCCUCCCCAUCCUUCCAGGCCGACCAACCCCCCUUAACCCCAAGACACUACAAUCCUCCACCCCGACCCCCAGCACCUCCUCUCCCAGUAGCAACGCCUGCAAUUGCUGCACAAAAGCAGCAACAGCCAUCCCUCCCCCAAAUCAACACCCAACCUCCUCCCCUCCCAACUCCCCGUCUCGAGCCACCCCGCGCCAAAGAAAGAUCCCCGCGCGGGCCCGUCCCUCCUCCCCUAACCCUAACUACUCCCACAGGGAGCAACACAACCCACCACGGCCGCAGUCCAUCAUCAUCGCUACCCUUCCGUGACGCUUACCCGCUUCAGAGCGCACCAGCCACGAAGCUCACAGUUCUGGAGAGGCCAAUGAAACAGCUGAAUGGGCCGAGGACGGGCAUGCCCACGCCGUAUAGUCCGUACAUGCCGUUCACGCCAGUGACGCCGCUGACACCCAGCUCGAUGAUUACGAAGAGGCAAAGACGGAGGGCGGAAAAGGAGAGCGGGUUGAAGGUGUUGAAUGAGGAUGAUUUGGUCAGGGAUGACGGGGAUAUGUGGGGGUAUUAGCUUCUUCUAUUCAUUUCUCUUCCUGUGAUUCUUUUCUCUUGUGACUGGUGAUGAUUUUCCGGGAAUUAUACUGCUUCUCUGGUUAUGUUGUAUGUGGUUAUGCUUGAUUUAUGAAUAUACGAG